AUGGCAAGAGGACGUUCUGGUUACAUACAAGCACCAGAAGCUUUCAUUUUCUCCUUUAAAAACAAAGAUAAUCUUGCACCCUUUAAAUCCAAUGUUACAAGAUACAAACAAUAUUCAAUGUACACAUACAGCAGCUACGGACCAACAUUUGGUGGUGGUCACGACAUUUAUAUCGCCAACAAUGCUGGGUCCUAUUCCAAUUCUUACACAAACUUUGGUUAUACAUACAAGUUCCCAUCUGGCUAUUCUUACGGGAGCACAAAAGCAAAGAACUUAUUGGCUGGCUCGUACAAAUUUAUUCCAAACGAAGUGGAAGCAUUUUAUUUUUCGCCAUUGAUCCUGCAGAACUCAGUUAUUCUGAAAAAUAAACAAGAAUGGAUAGGAAAGCUUCAAAAAUGGUUACCUUCGAAUUUAUAUGGCAAAAAGACGAAGCGCUGUUACAAAGCAACAUCGAAUGGAUGG